UCGUUAGCAACAUUUUGAAUGCCAACAUGUUGAUCCUACCUGCCAACAAUGGGCACUCAAUCUUCAAUGCCAAUUGACUACAGAGCACCUCAUUCAGGGAACGUCAAAUACUCAUCAUCAGGGGAGCUGACGGAGUGUGAGAACAAAAUUAUAUAAAAUAAGCCAGGUUACGAGAUUUAGUCAUACCAACUGAAUUCAGUAGCCAAUUACAACUUGAGCCAUGCAGUUUGUUUCGUUGUGCAUUUUGCUGAGUUCGAUUUUGGGAGUUUCAGCGAUAAAUGAAUGGACAAGAGCUCCAUUUGUAAGGGACGAGAAGUGUUUGUUUCGUGUUAAUGCAGGCCCAUGUCAUGGCAAAUUUAGAGUGUUCGGCUACGACCCAUUUGCCCAAAAAUGCUCCCAUUUUAUUUACAGUGGCUGUGGUGGAAAUCCAAAUCGGUUCGCAUCGGAAUUAGAAUGUCGCCAGGCUUGCAACCCAAUUUCGAAGAGUGAUAAUAACGAUUAUGACGAAAUUGUUCAGGUAGACUUUGAAGAAGAUUAUCUAGACCAUGUGGAUUAUGUUGAGUAUGAUGGAGGAAACUCCAAAAAAUCGGAUAACGAUGAUUUGGAAAAUAUUGAGGAAAAGAAAAAUAGUAAGGAAGCUGCUAAUAGUGAAACAGACGAUCCACAAAAUAAUAAAAAGCAUGAACUUGACAAUGAUGAUGGAAAAUAUGUGGAUAUCACUAAAAGAGAAGGAAAAUAAUGAAAAGUUAUAAGGAAAGCCAUAAAUUAAUCGAAGUGAAAUAAAAUAAUGCAAAAGCUGAAAGCUAACAAGGGCGACCUUUUGAUGGAAAUAAAAAUGAAAAUUAAGACAAAAACAAAAUGUAAAUAAAACCAAUUAGGGAGACUUUAUAAUUUCAACAUAUUAAUAUUGAAAAAUGUAUAUCGCAAGUCAAUAAUAUAAAAUAUUUUAAUAUUUUAAAUAUAUAUUUCAAUUAUGAGAACUUUAUAAUCUCGACAUAUAUAAUAUAAAUAAAUGUACAACU